CCGACCGCGUCUCUUCCUCUUUGCGUCACCUCGUCCGUAUCUGGGUUUGUUUUUUUUAAUCCAGCUUUCUGGUCGACACAAAAGAAGCACAUCGAAGAGUGCUCGGGAUAGUAGGGGAUUCAUUUCUUACUUCAGUUGAAGACAUCGACGGAGCACAGCCAGGAUUCAGCAGCGCUGUCCCGCUUAACCCGACCUUGUCCCUGGCGCCUUUUCGCAACAGGCUCUCUACUUCUCACGGCGAGGCGGCCAAGAGACCCGGUGGCCGGCCCGUGACGAACAGGACGUGGCUGUGGCCCGAUUGAAGUACGAGAAGCUCAGACCAGGUGUCUGCUCAGCCAGGAAAUCACGGCAACUGUUACUUUCUCCGAGCCACCGAAUAUGCCUUCUGCCGUGGCGCGGCGGUUGUUCGAGGACCAAAUACCCUCGAUAAUGUCAGUUUAUGAGGUGGACAGCGGUAUCACGGACCUGGACCAGUCAAACCCCGUCACGAUUGUUGACCCGAAGGUGGUCAUGGAGGGCGCAAAGCUCGCUGGAAAUCCGCAGCCGGGGAUAAGGCCUGGUGCCUUAGCGUCAGAUUCCAUUCAUCGACACAACGACAGCACGUCGACACAAACAACCGAGUCGGCCGAUUCCUCCCCCACGACCACAUUAUCAAUCGCAGAUUCGUCCGAUCUCUCGGAUCCAUCUCCGUCCUCGUCUCCUGAUUCGCCCGUCAACCUCGCACACCUCCCAAGCUUCGCGCCAACCCCCUUUGGGGGCCUGUCCAGCAUGGCCAGGCUCACGGUCUCUGACCCAAACCGCGAUCGGCCCAUGACUUCACCUGGGCCUAGACGGCUCAAGAACAUGAAGGGCCUGUCCAUCCAACCACCUGCGACCUCUUCGUCGUUGUUAUCAGAACCCUCCUCCCCCUCUUUCAUCAAGCCCAUGAUUGCUCCCAUGAAACGCAAACCCAGUCAACUCAGCCUCAAGACCAACACUUCAGAUCUCAUCACGCACACAACACUCGAGGUACCGAGUUCUCCAACCGUUGCACCCAUCCUGCAGCGCCGCGCCCUGAAGCACUCCACCUCAACGCCGCAGAUGCUGUCCGGCCUUCGGUCCGCAACAUUUGGCCCCCCUGGGGGGAUGACAAUACCGACGGUGCUAGAACGGAAUGAAUCUGGCCUUUCUUCCUUCUUGCGCCCUUCACGACCGGUUGAGGGUCCUACCAUGAGCUCGACGAUCAGGGAAGAGGAGUCACCGAUACGCCCGCAAAUUGCGAAUCGUAUUGCGUUCGAUACCGAACCCUACCACGAGGUCGAAAACAACGAGGACCAAAAGUCGCCUGGUUACCCAGAUGGUCCGGUUGCCAUCUACGGCGACAACGUUUACCUCUAUCUUGAGCCGACUGCCGAUGAGGCGGCUCGGUUCGACGUGGUCAUCAACGUGGCUCGUGAAGUCGUCAACCCCUUCAAGUCUGACGCGGGCAGCCAACAAAAGGAUACACCCGCCGAAGACUCGCCGAUUCCCGAGACUGCGGCGACGACCGCCAGCUUCGCCACGGCAUAUGAGUAUUUCCCAGAGGACAACACCCCAACAACUCCGAAAGCGCAAUCGUUCAAGGAGCCCGAGUACAUCCACAUGCCUUGGGACCACAAUACCGACAUCUCGCCGGACCUUAUGCCCCUUUGCGAAACCAUCGAUAAGCGCACAAAGGAAGGCAAGAAGGUGCUUGUUCAUUGCCAGCAAGGCGCCAGCAGAUCGGCCAGUUUGAUUAUCGCCUACGGCCUCUUCCAGAACCCCGAGCUCAGCGUCAACGACGCCUAUUAUGCGGCCCAGGGAAAGAGUCGGUGGAUCAGCCCAAAUAUGAGACUGAUGUACUGCCUGCAGGACUUCCAGAAGCAGAUGGCCAAGCGGAGGCUCUCGCCGAGCACGGGCUUAAAGCCGCGGCCGGGCAGAAGCCCUACGCACAGAGCAACCAUGUCGGUAGACAACAUCGAUGCCGCGGCAAAAGAGCCCCUCACUGCGCCUUUGCCGGCCGAUGACCCGGCAUCAAAACAUGCGAGCUCAGAUAUGAAUCAAAGCCGGACGCGAGGUAACGCGAGCCCUAACCGAGGAGAGCCGAUCUCGCCGGGCCCUUCGUCUGCCCCAUCGAGCUUUUCGUGGUCAGAAAAGGAAGAUGAGGCGGACCCGGGGAAGUUUGGCCGGUUUAACAUUGAUUCAAUGCUUGCCCCCCAACCAUCCGACUCGGAAUUCCCCCCUCCGUCCUUUUUGGUCUCGAGACCGCCACCGUCACCGGGGUUUGGCUCGUUUACGCUCUCGAAGCCGCCGCCCUCGCCAGGCUUCUCCAGCUUCAGUCAAUCGAUCAGUCAAUCGAAACCCCCGCCCUCGCCAGGCUUCGGAAGCUUCACGCUAUCCAAACCGCCACCGUCGCCAGGAUUUGGCACAUUCAGUCAGUCGAUGAGUCAAUCCAUGAGCCAAUCCAUGAGCCAGUCGAAGCCCCCGCCGUCGCCAGGAUUUGGCACAUUCGGUCAAUCGAUGAGUCAAUCGAUGAGCCAAUCCAUGAGCCAAUCGAAGCCCCCGCCGUCGCCCGGCUUCGGCACGUUUGCGCUGUCGAAACCCCCGCCGUCCCCUAGGUUUGGCAAGUUUACAUUGGCAAAGCCCCCACCGUCGCCAAAGCUUGCUCCCCCGCCAACAUCGAGACCGCCGCCUCCUCCCACCGGGCUCGCACCACUCGAGUUAUCACGACCGCCAAUGUCUCCCGGCUUCGCGCCGUCCGAUCCUUUCUCGAAGCCGCCUCCUUCCCCGGGAUUUGGAGCCCACAGAUUCGGAUCGAAACCUGGCACCUUCGGGUUUACAUCGUUGAACCUCGGUCCCCCGCCGAAGCCGAUAAUCGAGCAGGCGCCUCCGACCCCGGAGCGGUCUGUGGCAAUCUUUCCCAGCUUCCCGGAUGACGAUGCCCUCAUGUCACCGCGCGCAGAGACGAUGACCAACAACCCGAUUCAUGGAUCCUUUUCUGAAAUGACGGGGAUGCAGUUCGUCGAAAGCCCGCCGACGCCGGGCGAGGGCCUGUUUUCGCCGCGCGAAACCAUGUUCCCGCGCGAUCCUCACUUCCCCUUUGCAAGGCCCGUACAAGUGGCCGAUCCGCGAAGCCCGCCGACCAAGGGCGAGACGCCGAUUGUGCGGUCGAUCGACGACAUGCUCUAGCCUCGCCGCGGCAUUGACCCUCGCCCCACAUACACACAUACAUACAUACACAAUCAACGCACGAACACCACUACCACACAAU